CGUCGGUUUAAUACUCAUGGUUUCCGUGCUUGGCUCCUAUGCCCGGGACGCUAUUCGCAUAGUUGGGGGAUCAGAUGCACCAGAUGGUCUAUUUCCAUACCAAGUCUCUCUGAGACGAAAAGGACGACAUUUCUGUGGAGGUUCAAUUUUAAAUAAACGCUGGAUCUUAACCGCAGCCCAUUGUCUGAACGGGCGAUUUGCAAGUAGCAUUAGCGUCAAAGCUGGAACAACUGACUUAGACGGUUACGGUGAUAUCUACGUAGGAGAGUUAAAAGUCAUUCAUGAAGAUUACGACACAUUUGAACACGAAAAUGAUAUUGGUUUACUGAAAGUGAGAUCAGAUAUUAUUUUCAACGACGACGUACAACCAAUCAAUGUAGCAUCUUCUGAUUCUUACGGAGAAGGUCAUACGGCGACACUAACAGGAUGGGGAAGAACUUCCGUUCUUAGUAAAACUCCCACUCAACUUCAAGUGAUCAAGCUGAAUAUUAUUUCAACGCCUAAGUGCAAAAAGAAAAUCAAGAAAGUCAAAGAUACGCACAUUUGCACACUAAAUAAUAAAGGAGAAGGUGCUUGUUUCGGCGAUUCUGGCGGACCUCUUGUUGUCGACGAAGUACAAGUUGGUGUAGUUUCGUUUGGAAAACCGUGUGCCCGUGGCGUACCUGACGUUUACACAAGAGUGUACAAUUACAUUGAUUGGAUUGAAGACAGUAUGAGUGAAUACAAUGAUUGGUAA